GCUGAAACAACUGAUCCGUCCCUCGGGCUGGAAAGAAACCAAAUGUUCCGUGGAGUACGCUCUCCGUUCCGUGGGAUACAAUAGUUGGAAUCUUCUGGCUCUGGGGAUUGAGUAUGGAGGUUCUUGGUCUAGGUCCAAUAAGGAGAGGUCAACUGGAAAACCAGUGGAAGAGGAGACAAGGGUCCACCUGGAAAAUGAGUCUCAAGAAGGAUCCGACUACCACACCUUCUAUCAUUCUGUCCACCAGCUAUGUGUCAUGAACAGGGUCGAGGAGGAAAAUCUUUUUGAAAGUCAAGAAGAUAAUGGUGACCAGGAACCACAUGGCUUGGUGGACUUCCAUGAGAAGCAUAAAGUCUACAUGACUGGUUCUGAAGACAGGAUCAGAAGGAAGAAGCCUCAUCCCCUGCUCCAGGGUUUUCUGCUCUAGGAUUGCAGCUGAAGGUGGGGGUUGCCUUCAGUCUGCUCAGCAGUGAUUCUUCUCUCCCAUGCAAGGAAGCAAAGUAAUGGCCCGGUUCGGAGAUGAUCUACCCACCCGCUAUGGAACUGGGGUACCUGGGGGUACUGGAAGAGGGAGCAGCCGGCAAGGUGGACCUCAAGCCGGCCAAAGGAUAUACAAGCAGUCCAUGGCUCAGAGGGCGAGGACCAUGGCUCUUUAUAACCCCAUCCCCGUCAAACAGAACUGCUUCACCGUUAACAGGUCCUUGUUCAUCUUCAGUGAAGACAAUGUCAUCAGGAAAUAUGCCAAAAGGAUCACGGAGUGGCCUCCAUUCGAAUAUAUGAUUUUAGCCACCAUCAUCGCCAACUGCAUCGUGCUGGCGCUGGAGCAACAUUUGCCGGAGCACGACAAAACCGACAUGUCAGAGAGACUGGAUGAUACAGAGCCUUAUUUUAUUGGCAUAUUCUGUUUUGAAGCUGGCAUCAAGAUCAUCGCCUUAGGCUUUGUGUUUCAUAAAGGCUCAUACCUCCGGAACGGCUGGAACGUCAUGGACUUCGUAGUGGUGCUCACAGGGAUACUUGCGACAGCCGGCACGGAUUUUGACCUGCGGACAUUGAGGGCAGUCAGAGUAUUGAGGCCGCUGAAGCUAGUUUCGGGGAUCCCUAGUUUACAGGUGGUGUUAAAGUCCAUCAUGAAGGCCAUGGUCCCUCUUCUUCAGAUCGGCUUGCUGCUUUUCUUCGCAAUCGUUAUGUUUGAUAUAGGGCUGGAGUUUUAUAUGGGAAAGUUCCACAAAACUUGCUUCUCAUAUGAAACAGGUGAACCUACGGGCGAUUUCCCAUGUGGAGAAGAACCACCAGCUCGGACUUGUGAUAAUGAAACAGCAGAGUGCCGGUUAUACUGGAAAGGACCUAACUUUGGAAUCACUAAUUUUGAUAAUAUCCUGUUUGCGGUCCUUACGGUUUUCCAGUGCAUUACCAUGGAAGGAUGGACGGACAUUCUCUAUAACACCAAUGAUGCGGUUGGAGCAAUGUGGAACUGGCUUUAUUUCAUCCCACUCAUCAUCGUUGGGUCCUUCUUCAUGUUGAACCUGGUUUUAGGUGUCCUGUCAGGGGAAUUUGCCAAAGAGCGUGAGAGGGUGGAGAAUCGCCGGGCAUUUCUCAAAUUGAGGCGGCAGCAGCAAAUUGAGCGCGAGCUGAAUGGAUAUCUUGAGUGGAUAUUCAAAGCAGAGGAAGUCAUGCUUGCAGAAGAGGACAAAAAUGCAGAAGAAAAAUCACCCUUAGAUGUACUGAAGAGAGCAACCAUUAAGAAGAGCAAAAAUGACCUUAUACACGCCGAAGAGGGUGAGGAUCACUUCACGGAUAUCUGCUCUGUUGGUUCUCCUUUUGCCCGUUCCAGCUUGAAAGGUGGAAAAAACGAGAGCUCAUCAUACCUUCGACGCAAGGAGAAGAUGUUCCGAUUCUUCAUCCGCCGUAUGGUGAAGGCCCAGAGUUUCUAUUGGUUUGUACUGUGCGUGGUGGCGUUGAACACUCUUUGUGUUGCCAUCGUACACUACAACCAGCCUGCAUGGCUCACCAAAGCCCUAUAUUUUGCAGAGUUUGUUUUCCUUGGGCUUUUUCUGACGGAAAUGUCCAUGAAGAUGUAUGGCUUGGGACCUCGAAAUUACUUCCACUCGUCCUUCAAUUGUUUUGAUUUUGGGGUGAUCGUCGGAAGUAUUUUUGAGGUGAUCUGGGCAGCAGUGAAACCAGGAACAUCGUUUGGGAUCAGUGUCCUCCGAGCUUUACGCCUUCUCCGUAUCUUCAAGGUCACAAAGUACUGGAACUCUCUCAGGAACUUGGUGGUUUCGUUACUAAACUCCAUGAAGUCCAUUGUCAGCCUGCUAUUCCUGCUUUUCCUCUUCAUUGUAGUUUUUGCUCUUCUUGGAAUGCAACUUUUUGGGGGACAAUUUUACUUUGAAGAAGAAACACGAAAUACAAAUUUUGACACCUUCCCCACAGCCAUACUAACUGUGUUUCAGAUCCUGACAGGAGAGGACUGGAACACCGUCAUGUACUUUGGCAUCGAGUCACAAGGAGGCGUCAGCAAAGGAAUGUACUCCUGUGUUUAUUUCAUCAUUCUGACAUUGUUUGGAAACUAUACUCUUUUGAAUGUAUUCUUAGCUAUUGCUGUUGACAAUCUGGCUAACGCACAGGAACUGACCAAGGAUGAGGAAGAGAUGGAAGAAGCAACCAAUCAAAAAUUGGCACUGCAAAAAGCCAAGGAAGUGGCAGAAGUCAGUCCCAUGUCAGCAGCGAAUCUUUCAAUUACAGCUUUUGUAAAGCAAACUCAAGGUGCAAUAUCUCGCAGCCCGUCUGUCUCCAACGUAAAUUCACCAUAUGGGGCCACAGAAUGGACAGAAACAAUGCAGAGCAGAGAUGUGCCGUAUCCAAGUAAACAGCAGAACUCAACCAAAUGUCGGUCAGUUUGGGAGCAACGAACCACCCAGAUCCGUAUGCAUAACUUCCGUGCCAGUUGCGAAGCCCUCUACAGCGAGUUGGAACCUGAGGAUCGACUGAGGUAUGCCACCACAUUACGCCUCAGGCCUGAUAUGAAGAGUCACAUGGAUCGGCCUCUGUUGGUUGAGCCCCAGGAUUCCACAGAAACAAAAGAUGGCAGCCCAGACCCACUACCUCCAAGUGAAACAGAGCAGGGAACUGAGGUGAAUGCAGAGCAAGUGCCACGAAAACAUAGGCAUAGAGAUAGGGGACCUACCGAAACCAACGGUGCCGGUCGGGAGAAUGGAAAUCAUAACGGUGAUUCUGGCAGUAAUGAUAGAGAAGAACGUCAUCGACAGCACAGAAGUCGGAGCAAAGAAAGGGAAGGAGGGAAAGAAGGGGGAAGAGGAGAAUGCAACCGGAGUCAGGAAAGAGGAAAAAGGCACCAUCGAAGGGCUUCCCCAGAAGAAGGGACAGAGAGGGAACAUCGAAGACACCGCACACACCGCCAUUCUGCCGAGAGACAAGGCAAAGAGGGAAAUGGGCAGCCUCCUUCUGGUAGUAAAGGAGAAAGGAAGUCCCGGCAUAGAGGAGGUGGAUCUAGAUCUGGUAAUAGGGAUGGUGAUGGUACGACUCGAGUAGGAGAAAACGGUGAAGAGAUUCCACGGUCACGACAUCGGAACAGGCACAAAGCACUUUCUACAUAUGAUACAGAGGAGAAAAAGGAAAACAAAGAGGGAGAAUCAGGAGAGAGGGAGCAUCGCAACCACCGGUUGAGGGACCACCGUAAUGAGGCCGAUGUUCCCAUUGGGGGGCUUCAGCAGUUACCGGAGCAGCCAGAAGAUGCUGAUAAUGAGAAGAACGUGAACAGGAUGUUCUUGCCCCAUCCAGAGAGGUCCAGCAUGGUUAAUAUACCGGUAACCGUCACCGCACCGCCCGGAGAGAGCGCCGUCAUACCAAUAAAUAACGUGGAUUUUGAGGUGAAAUCUGAGGAGAAAAAGGAGAUGGAGGCAGAAGACCUGACUAAAAAUGGGCCAAAGCAGAUCCUGCCAUAUAGUUCUAUGUUCAUCUUCAGCAACACCAAUCCAGUCCGGCGCUUGUGUCAUUAUAUUGUCAAUAUGCGCUACUUUGAAAUGGUCAUACUGGUGGUGAUUGCACUGAGCAGUAUUGCACUGGCAGCAGAAGAUCCUGUUCAAGCUGAUGCCCCUCGUAAUGAUGUGCUGAAAUACAUGGAUUACAUCUUCACAGGGGUGUUCACCUUCGAGAUGGUGAUCAAGAUGAUUGAUCUAGGACUACUCCUCCACUCCGGCUCAUAUUUCCGCGAUCUGUGGAACAUUCUAGAUUUUAUCGUUGUCAGUGGUGCACUGGUGGCUUUCGCCUUCUCAGGGAACAAAGGUAAAGAUCUGAACACAAUCAAAUCCCUGCGGGUCCUUCGUGUUCUACGUCCACUGAAGACCAUCAAGAGGCUUCCCAAGUUAAAGGCUGUGUUUGACUGCGUGGUUAACUCCCUGAAGAAUGUGUUGAACAUCCUCAUCGUGUACAUGCUUUUUAUGUUCAUCUUUGCUGUCAUCGCCGUUCAACUCUUCAAGGGCAAGUUCUUCUACUGUACAGAUGAGUCAAAGGAUCUACAAAAAGACUGCAAGGGAGAAUACUUGAACUAUGAAAAUGACGACGUACGUGCUCAAGCCAGACAAUGGAAGAAAUAUGAGUUCCACUAUGACAAUGUACUCUGGGCUCUUUUGACUCUUUUUACUGUCUCCACCGGAGAAGGGUGGCCCAAUGUCCUCAAACACUCAGUGGAUGCCACCUAUGAGGAUCAAGGUCCAACACCCGGAUUCCGAAUGGAGAUGUCCAUCUUUUAUGUGGUCUAUUUUGUGGUCUUUCCUUUCUUCUUUGUAAACAUUUUUGUAGCUUUGAUUAUCAUCACGUUUCAAGAGCAAGGUGAUAAGGUCAUGUCUGAGUGCAGCCUGGAGAAGAAUGAGAGGGCCUGCAUAGACUUUGUAAUCAGCGCCAAGCCCCUAACACGAUACAUGCCACAAAAUCGGCAGUCAUUUCAGUACAAGAUGUGGCGAUUUGUGGUUUCUCCUCCAUUUGAGUAUUUCAUCAUGGUAAUGAUUGCUUUGAACACCAUCGUCCUCAUGAUGAAGUUCUAUGGAGCAUCUGACACUUACGAAGACAUGCUGAAAUGCCUGAAUAUCAUCUUCACGUCCAUGUUCUCACUGGAGUGUAUUUUGAAGAUUAUCGCGUUUGGUGUUCUGAACUAUUUACGGGACGCUUGGAAUGUCUUUGACUUUGUCACAGUCUUAGGAAGUAUUACUGAUAUUUUAGUAACAGAGAUAGCGAACACGGAAAAUUUUAUCAAUCUGAGUUUCCUGCGACUCUUUCGAGCAGCUCGGCUGAUUAAGCUGUUGCGACAAGGUUACACCAUCCGCAUCCUUCUCUGGACCUUUGUGCAGUCAUUUAAGGCCCUGCCAUACGUCUGCCUCCUUAUUGCAAUGCUAUUUUUCAUCUAUGCCAUCAUUGGCAUGCAGGUCUUUGGGAACAUUGCACUGGUUGAUGACAGCGCAAUCAACAGACACAAUAACUUCCGCACCUUUUUUCAAGCCUUAAUGCUACUGUUUAGAAGCGCCACUGGAGAAGGAUGGCAUGACAUUAUGCUCUCAUGUCUCAGCAACAAGCCAUGUGACCCCCGUUCAGGGAACACCAGAGACGACUGUGGAAGUGACUUUGCCUACUUCUAUUUUGUCUCCUUCAUCUUCCUGUGCUCAUUCCUGAUGCUCAAUCUUUUUGUGGCCGUCAUCAUGGACAAUUUUGAAUACCUAACACGGGACUCGUCCAUUUUGGGUCCUCAUCAUCUGGAUGAGUUUAUACGUGUCUGGGCCGAGUAUGACCCCGCUGCUUGUGGGCGCAUUGGUUACACUGACAUGUACGAGAUGCUACGACACAUGCCCCCUCCCCUUGGCUUGGGAAAGAAAUGCCCUGCACGUGUGGCAUAUAAGCGGCUUGUCCGGAUGAACAUGCCCAUCUCUGAUACAGACCUCACUGUGCACUUUACAUCCACUUUGAUGGCUUUAAUCCGAACAGCGCUGGAUAUAAAACUAGCUACAGGAGGACUAAAACAACAUGAAUCUGAUGCAGAGCUGCGGAAGGAAAUAUCAUCCGUGUGGCCCAACCUCUCGCAGAAAACCCUAGAUUUACUCGUACCUCCUCACAAACCUGAUGAAGUAACCGUUGGAAAGGUUUACGCUGCACUAAUGAUCUUUGACUUCUACAAGCAAAACAAGAAUAACCGUGACCAAUCUCACCAGCAGCCGGGAGUCUUAUCCCAGACAGGAACCGUCUCACUUUUCCAGCCCCUGAAGCCAACUCUGGAUUCGAAUAUCCCCAGUCAGCUUGGUGAGACCAAGAUCCAAAAGCAGAAGAGCUCAGCAUCUCUGAACAAUGGGGGAGUCGUGGUCAAUAAGGACAUUGGGAUUCGGGAGUCCAUAUCAUGGGUAACACAGCCAGCACCAGAUCCCUUCUCCACCCCUCGGAGCAUUGCAUUUCAGAGAGGCCACUCAGAAGAGAUUCCACCCGAACGGCAAGGCAAACAGGCCGUGGAGAUGAAAGAAAUUGGCCAAAGUCUUACUAAUGGUGAUCAUCCCACUGGACUGGAGAUCCAAGGACGAGCGGUGUCCAUGCCCCGUCUAGCUGCAGAUGCUCAUCCCAUCACUGACAGUAGCCCCAUGAAACGCUCAGUUUCCACCCUGGCUCCCACGCAACGUCCUCAACUGUAUGAAUAUUCCUUAGAGAGGGUGCCUCAUGAGCGCAGCCACCAGCACCACCAUCGAUGCCACCGGCGUAAGGAGAGAAAGCAAAAAUCAAUAGAGAGGUCUCCGCAAAAUGAAGACUUAGAGUCUGCACCCCGAGAGAGGAGGCAAGAAAGAGGAAGAUCCCAGGAAAGAAAGCAGCAACCUCCAUCUUCAUCGGAGAAACAGCGCUUUUAUUCAUGUGACCGAUAUGGCAGCCGUGAUUCAGGUCACCCACGUCAUUCUGAUCACAGUCGAGCCACAUCCCCCAGUUCUGGGCAAGAGCACUCAACACAAAGACAGGGCAGCGGUUCGGCCAAUGGUAGUCCGCGUUUGACCAGCUCCGGUGCUAGCACCCCUUGCCGGGCAAUCCGAAGACAACUACCCCAGACUCCACUCACUCCACGGCCAAACGUAACCUACCGGACAGCUCACUCCUCCCCUGUGCACUUUGGAGGACCAACUUACUCUCCCGGAAGGCUCAGCCGGGGCUUAUCAGAGCACAACACUUUGCUGUACAGCGACUCUCCAAGCCCCUCUGCUUGUACAGUCACACGUAUCGGUUCUGACCCAUACCUAGGACCACGACAAGAUUCUGACAGCUUCUGCCCACUGCCUGAGGACACGUUAACCUUUGAGGAGGCAUUGGCUAGCAACUCUGGACGUUCCUCUCGGACUUCCUAUGUGUCCUCCCUCACCUCCCAUUCCCACCAGCUCUGCAGGGUUCCAAAUGGCUAUCACUAUGCCUUAGGGCUCAGUACAGGGUCUGGCUCAACUCCCAGAGUACGAAGUUACUACCAUGAAGCAGACGAGGAUGACUGGUGCUAGCACAGGGACCCAAGACACGUUCCUACUCACACCCCCGCUUCCAAGGAAAGCCGAAGUAAAAGAAGCCCGGGGGCUGGAGUUGGGCCAUUUGUUUGAGUAACUACUGAUGAGUUUUAUCAUCAGCCAGUAGAUCGCCGUGACAUCAGAGCAUGUUACGGGAGAGCAGAGGCAGCCAUCUUGAGGAACCUGAAACACAGAUAACCAGGAACAAAUUUAAGGAAGAAGCAAGGAGUGGGCAGGGACUCCAGAGCAGGUCACCGUUAAUACUUGUUCUGGCAUUGUAAUUUUGAGUCUUCCUUUUGGGGAGUGUUAAGAUGCCUAUUUCAUAAUAAAGUAUGAGGAAGAUGGAAGCAUGGAGGAUUGUAAAAGAAAGAGCGCCAGGAUUAGGACCACAGAGUAUUCAGGUUGCUUUUUUAUUAUUUAUAUAGACUUAAAGGAUACAAGGGAGUGAUUGUCAAGCCCAUCAUCUUCCUACGUCAUCCUCCAAGAGUUCAUGGGACGUUACAGCUCACUAACUCGACAUCUCAUCCUCCAACUUUUUUUCCAUUCUCAACCUCUUCAUAAGUUUACGAGCUCCACAUGAGUGGAGGACACAUGAGCUACGACGAAAGGUCCACUUACAUCAAUAGCCAUGAACCAGUACAGUGUACGGUUUUGUACUUCUUUGUAAACCUCUACCUUUUCUUGCUCUGUAAACCGGUGGUGGCCCCACCUUAGACUUUUUUUUUUCUUUUGUAAGAGAGUUGGUAUUUCAAGCAUGACGUGUAGCGGGGGGAAAAAAAGCAUUGUUGGUUGGUCGAAGACACCGCACUAGAUGAUAACGCUGUAACUCCACACCCAGGCUCAAUGGCAUGCCAAAUCUAAUGAGGAACCACCAAGGUUCAACAUGUGCCCUGUGUCUACCGAUAACCGUAGUCUGUAUUUUAUGGGAUUUUUUGUGAUGCCUGAGUGAUAGUGACCUUGUCUGCUAGAAAACGAACGCUCAGAUAGGCGUUUGAGAAGUUUGUGUUCGUAUGUCUGUGUGCGCGCUGCUGAUGAAAUGUCAUUUUUUUACCGGCGCAAGUGGUGUCCCCAUCGCAUCACUCUGUAAAGUUGGGGAGCUCCAUUGGCACCUGUGUGUUCACUGUCCUGAAUCUCACCAGUAAGCCUUUCCUAUCCUCAGCAUAGCCUAGAUUAUGGUAAUGCACAGGUCUGAGCAUGCAUGUUAUUGGUUAGUGUGUUACUUUGCACAUGAAUUGGUCAACGAAGUUGCACUAAUAUGUGUUCUUAAGAAUUUUAUUAUAAUUUUUUUUUAAUGUAUUUUAAAACUUGUAUAAGGAACCUGCUCCAUUACCAGUUGAGAGAGGCUCGUUCCCAAAAGUCUCCAAAUCCGUCUGUAUCAUAUACCGUCUAUGGUCAUGGUCACGUUUUGCACUGAGCUACCCCCUUGAAGACGGCAUAUCACGCAGCAGCAUAUCAUUUUCUAUCUUUCGGAUGAUUGUAUGAUUUGUCCGCAGAGCUAGCAUAGCCGCGCCGGCUGGGCGUUUUCUCUCCUGUGCCAUACAAUUCUAGAGGCGAUGUGUUCUUUGUCCUAGUGCCAACUGCAUUGCAUCUCAAAGAACUGCAGGCGACACUGUGCCAAUCUUUCAAUGCCCAGUGUACCGCAAACCAUCACGUUCAUUAAACGCUUGAGCCAGUAUAUAACCUGUCCUACGGCAAUAAGGCGCUCUGUGGGUUGGGGCAGAUCAGAGGCUGAUAGCGCUAUGUGGCCUUUAUAUUCACAUGUAGCAUAUAAUCCAAAUGGAAAGCACAACAUGAUAGAGAUAUACAGAGGGCACAGCAUUGGGUAUCUUCUGUGCAUAUAAUAUAUAUAUAUAUAUAUAGAACAAUAGAAAUCUAUUUUAAGGGCAAAGCUGAUUUUCCAAAGACAUUUCCAGGCAGGACAUGAACGGCACCAGAGAGACGUUAAGAGUUCAUAACGGGUAGAAUGGACCUAAGGGGACCACACGAAGCAUGAAGCUGGGGCUCACAACACAAGCAGGUUCCCGAGUAAGUUCUACAGGAUAUUUUUGCAGGGUUUACUUGAUUUAUGGAUAUGUUCUAGUUAUGUCAAUGACACCUUGUGAGGAGAUCAUAUUUACAUAUACUAGAUUUCCGUCUAGCACAAUAUAUACUACAAAAAAUCAAAAAGACUUGGUUUAGGUAGAUGGGCGUCGUAUAGCGGAUAUAAGGGAGCAAUCACAAUUUAACCAUGUGACAUUUCGAACGUGAACAUUACACUAUUGCAAAAGUCACACUAUAUUUCAUUUCACUGCCAAGUGCCUACAUUUUACGGAUGUUUGUCUUGUGAACAGAGAGCGACAUUUUUUUAAUAUCACCUCAUUUUACGAACAAGUCAUCUCAUCUAUCCUUAGUUUAAUCAGAUACCAAACCUUCUACAUUAGAACCCUCUAAAUCAGGGCUCUCCAACCUGUGGGCACCACUACAACCCCCAGCAGCCGAUCAAGCUGGGAAUUCGCAACAGGUUGGAGACUAAUGCUGUAGAUAUUUAGCGACACAGUCUUCAAUCUAUUGUGUCCCCCGCCUAUUAACGAGGUUGCCCACUUUGAACAAUGCUUUUUUUUCUAUAGAGGGGUACCCUGUUAAGAUAGAUUGACUCACUGAUUGAACCCCAGCAAUCAGUAGUUGUGUGAGAAGUGAGUAUGAUAUUCCUUUGCAGCACUCCCAGAGGUAAAACGAGGCAUUACAUGCUCAGGUCCUCCGAAGAGGGAUGAUCUUUGUAAAGAUGAGGUUCCUGAAUUUAUGAAUUCUAGUUCCCUAACAAGGUAUUUGAAAAUGGGUUUUCUAAACCAGACAUCCCUUUUAAGACGCACACUCAUCAAAAAUUACCGACAAAGUCGAAGGAAUUGUGCAAACACGCAAAGAAGCUGGACCGUGGUGCCCGCUCUAUUGUAAUGGACCCUUGUUUUUUGUACAGUCCUGAGAUGAGACCUGGAGUGGGUUCUCUCCUUAAUGUUGUGUCACUUAUAGACUCGUCCACGCACCGGCAUGAUGUUUUUAUCACUGUAACAUGUUUCAGGGUCGCUG